UUGAUCAAAUAUGGCGAAAGUAGAGGGUGUGCGAUCAAUAAAGCCUACUUAAUAACUGUGCUUCCAUUUGUAGUCAGCGUUUGGAGGUUUUGUGAAUUCCCUUCCCCCUUCUCCCUAUUCUUUUGUGAGCGUUUACGCCUAAUUUUUAAACACGAUGACUUCGAUGAAGAUGCAUUCAUUUCGGAUCGUCUGAAGAUGGGUAUCUCACUACAUACCCUUCAUGAUAGUCUGUUGCAGUAUUUUAACAUCUUGAAGAACAGUCUAGUGGAGUUGAUCAAUCGGGACUAUGCUGAUUUUGUCAACCUAUCGACUAAUUUGGUUGGACUGGAUAAAAUCAUUAAGAAUCUGGAAGAACCGUUGAUUGAUGUUCGGCAGCGAGUUUCUGUUUUCGAGCUAUCGUUGAAUUUGCUGUUUUGCAGAAUGCGCUUUCAGAGAUCCGGGAGGCGAAACGAGAGUUUGAAUUCAACCUCGAAGAACGGAAGAAGCUGCGGGACAAAAAGGUACAGACUUUCCUUUUUUGUCGUGAAUUUAAAGAAUUUCGUCUUGUACCUUAAGACGAAGUGA